AUGCUUGCAACAUGCUGUGGGCUCAUUUACUGCAAGGUCCGUAUUUGCAAGAGCAAUGUUGAUGGGAGCUUGUCAAGAGAAAGAAACACGCAGCUUUGCAUCUUAGCUGUCCCCAUGUUCAUGACAAUAGCAGACUUUUGCCGAUUCUUGGGCCCUCUCAUGGAGAACAUACUUCACAUGCGCAUUGUGCAUGACGAUUCACGAGCAAGGUACAUCGUCUUGAUGGACUUCGACAGCCAGCGAAGGCAUGCCAUGUCGAUUGCAGAUGCCAUGUACAUCGAGUUCAACGGGAAGCCGUACAGUUCCAUGGACACGGAGCGAUGUAUCGUGCUGUUCGUGCAAGAGAUCGUCUUCUUGGAGCAAGACCCCGCUGCCAAGUUUCAUAGUGCCGCUCCUUCGGCUCGUGGGACCGACAAGGUUUGCCUGGAACGACUCGACACGUCUGUGACAGGGAUCAUGACAACCAUCUGCAACCAUUCCUUUCAUUGCAGAUGCUUGUCCGAUUGGCCGGACUCGUCAUGCCCUGUCUGUCGAUACUGUCAGCUACCCGAGAGCCAAUCGGGGAUGACCUGCCUGCUGUGUGGGGCUGCGGACGAUCUGUGGAUGUGCCUCAUCUGCGGUUACGUGGGUUGCGGGAGGUACGCGGGUCAGCACGCGCUUGAGCACUACAAGGAGACGAGUCACACGUUCUCGAUCGAGCUGGUCACGCAGAGGGUGUGGGACUACUCGGGCGACAACUACGUGCACCGGCUGGUCGCGAACAAGGUGGAUGGGAAACUUGUGGAGCUGCCGGAGGGAGGAGGGAUGCGGGGACAUGCAAGCCAUGAACAUGAUGAGAAACUUGAGGUGAGGGCUGCGAGAGCGAUGCAGAGAAGAGGAAGGGACAACGGAGCAGAGGAUGCUCUGGGGAUUGUGGAAGAUGCUGAUAAGGAGGUUGUGAAGGAAGCGCGGAUGGCCUCGAAGCUCGAUCAUGUAUUCAUGGAGUACAACGAGAUGCUGAUGAGGACACUCGACUCACAGCGAUCCUACUAUGAAGGAAAGCUGCAGGAGCUGAAGGAUCAGUACGAGAGUCAGUUACAUGCUACAUCCAUGGCGCUCGCAAGCAAGGAGAAGGAGCUACGAGAAGAGCGGGAGGAGAGCGAGAAGAGGAGCAAGGAGAAGAAAGCUGACGAGAAGAAAAUCACCCUCAUGUCCGAGCGGUUGAAGAAGGCGUGGGAAGACGCAGAAUUUCACAAGCAGCUCAACGAGUCGCUCACAUCAAAUCAGAAGGCUCUCAACGAGCAACUUGCAGCAGCUGCAUUGAAAGAUGAAGAGAUCAAAGACCUCAAGGAGCAGGUACGCGAUCUCAUGUUCUACCUCGAAGCUCAGCGAUCCGUCGAGGAGAGCGAGUCGAGCGAGGAGAUUCGCAACGGUCAGAUCAUGGUGCAGACCCCAGCAGCAACUCGAACGCGACGAGGCCGGAGAUGA